UUUUUUUUUCUAAAAAAAAAAAAAAAAUGCCAGACGAAACAGAAGAGCCUUACAUUCCUCCUCCUAUUCUUAAACGGAAAGGUUUUGGAAAAGAAGGACGACCUAUUAAAGUGAAGGUCAAUAGUUUCGAAGUGACAACUAUCUCCAAAUACGAUAAAUUUCUUAAAUAUAACAUUGAGAUCGAUCCUGCUGAUAAGAAUAUUGAAGCUGUCGUCAAUCCCAUUUAUAAGAAUACUGAAGCUGCUGUCAAUCCCACUGAUAAGAAUAUUGAAAGUGCCAUCAAGCGUGAAAGAUCAGACUAUGGAAAGAAUAUUCGGCGCAGAGUUCUUAAAGAAAUUGGUCUCAAAUAUGAGGAUUGGUUUCAAGGCGUUGUUAUCGCAUAUGAUGGUGGUUCCUCUCUCUACACAACGGAUUAUCUGGGAUUUGAGGAUUUGAACGACUCAAAUCCUACCGUUAAGGAAGUAGAAAUUAAUAUUAAAGAUAUACAAAACAUUGAUGGAGAUUCUUCUCGAUACAAGGUAAAAAUUAACCGCUUAGACACCGUCAUCGAGUUAACUCAACUGGAGAAGUACAUUAAAGCAGAAGAGUUUGAGUGGGAAUUCUUCAGCGACGAAGCUUUUAACGUUCUCAACGCUCUAAUCCAUAAAGUAGGGACAGAAAGUGAACGUUACAUUCAAUCCGGCAAAAGUUCAAUCUAUGACAAAGGAAAAAAAAAAAUAAUUAAUGGUGGUGUCGAAUUGUGGGCUGGAUGGUUUUCAACUGUAAGACCAGGUCAAGGAAGCUUGUUUAUUAAUGUAAACCCUACAUUCACCACUUUUUAUCAACCAUUAAAUCUAGAUGAUUUUCUUCUCCAAUAUCUUUAUCCAAAAUUUCGAAACCUUCCUAGUUAUUUCAAUUUCCCG